AUGGAAGAUGAAUUGAAUCGAAUGCUUGGUCUCAAAACAGGAAAGGGUGAUAGCAAAGAACAGAAACAGAGGCCACCAAUUAGGGACUGUUCUACGCAAUCAUCUACAUCCGGACAAGGCGAGCCUACACUUCAGAAGCGAUCUCCUCCAAGUGCCUUUAGCAAAUUAUUUCCGGCAACGUUAACUCAAUAUCCAAAAGAAAAUCAUGAGGUUGUACAACAACUUCUUUCCACAGCUACACAGGUUGAUACUAACGCUAAAGUAUCGAAAAUGGGUUUCAUGCGUUCCGAUAGUUAUCCAGUUCCACAAAGCGUCAAUCAAUAUCCCAGAGGAAGUUACCAACGCAAAACACAGAAUCGGCAAUUUGUGGCAAACCCAUUGUUCCAACAAGGACGACCUCAACCAGCGAAUCACGAUUUCUUUGGAUCCAGUCGCGCAAUCAAUACCAGUCCCAAACUUACUGACCUGAAGCCUUCAUCGGUAAAAUAA